AAAUGUGGGUGGCGAGAAACGACGAGGUCUUGGUGCGUGACCCAAUCCGAUCAAUAUAAUCAGAGUCAGUGUGACUGUGAGCAGAGCAAGCAGUAUAGGGCGAGCUUCAGCCAUGGAAAAGAGAAGCAAUGGUAGUGCCAGCCUCGUCCUCGGCCUUCUGAUGGCCGCCUCCCUGUCGUGCCAGUGCCACGGCGCGCGCGACGUCCCCGCGGAGAAGCCCCUCCGGCCACAGAACGUGUUCGGGUUCGGCGGCUUCUACCCGGGCCCCACCGUCAACUGGGUGUUCCCGGGCCCCAACGGCGUCACCCCGCAGGUCGGCUUCGGCGGGAUGCCGGGCUCUAGCGCCUUCCCGGGCGGCGGUGGCGUGGUCGGCAUCCACGGUGGUGCUGGUGCUGGUGCCGGUGCCGGUGCCGUGGCGAAGAAGCCGUGAGAGGAGGUGGCCGUGUGUCUGUGAGCUUGCGAUGCUUUGUGAGAGUGUUGUCAGUACGUGGCAUAAGCGAAGUCUGUGUCUUGUUCUUGCUGCGGCUGGCUGUCGAGACUUCACUCUCGUACGUGUCUCGUGUCCCUUUUUAUCCUGUAGUAUUUGUGUGCGAAGGACUUCUUUCUCAUCAUAUGGUAGCCGGCUGCUAGUGUACAUCUCGAACCCCUUUUCUUCUCGGCGUGUGUUUAUUCAGUUCUGUAUUGUAUCCCCCUAUGUUAGCAUGGAUGCUGAUUAGUACGUGUCCUUCAGUAAUUCGCUAUAAUCAACACGGUACAUCAUUGUUGCGC